UUGAAGGUUGCUAAUCAGUCCUCUCCCAUCGUAACAGAGAUGUCAAGUAUCUUUACAAAUUUGAAUUCAUUGAAGUCCAAAGGAUUAGUCUUCGUUCCCAAUGAACUUGCCACAUUACUUGGUAACUCAACAUAUGAGGCACAAGAUUUUGAUGACACGAUGACAAGAUUGAUCACAGAUCUCGCAGAGCAAAUACCAGGAAUCGGUCAACUCUUCCGAAUCACUUACCGUGAUAGUGCCAACGAACAAACAAAUUGCUACUCGAUUCACACCAGAAUUGGAGAACCAGAUCUCGAUCAUGCCAUUCAAUAUUAUUUGUCAACUACAAGGAACACAUCAUGGCCACAAUUCUUGACUUUCGACAUUCAGAGAGAGUGGCAGAAUGAUUCGAUUCAUCAAGUCAUCUUUGACUUCCCGAAAAAGUUGACACUCCCAACAGUCGAAAGGCAAAGAUAUCAAUUGAUUGCAAUUGUUGCCUAUUGUAAUUUUCAUUACGUGGUCUUUUUGCAAAAAAGUGCAUAUUGGAUCAUGAUCAAUGAUGAAGUCGCAUACUCUAUUCCAUCAACAGAUAUCAAUGCAUUGAAGGGAUGCUCAACUGCUGAGAUGCCACCUUUAUGGUACAAGACUCUCGAACACAAAUGUCUCGCAAAGAUGCUCAUUUAUCGAAUGGUUCAAUGA